AUGUCAGUCCAAGAACCUGAUCAUCAAAGUAUUAAUACAACAUCAGUGGAAAACGGGAACAACAAAAAGAAAGAGUUCGAAGGAGCUUGUGGAGGUAAAAAUCCUAAGCCCCAAAUAGAUCAAUUAACAGAUUCUAUGGUAGAUGAUGGUACUGAUAAUAUCAGUAUGGAAGUACAUCUUGGUGAAGAUUCCUCACGACAUCCAAGUGAAAUCAGUUCCAUAUCUUAUCAAAAUUUGUUAGAAGAUGGUGAAAAUGCCAGUCAAGUUGUGUCACGUCGUGAUAGUGAGGACAGUAUUGACUCUUACCCUCCUGAUGACGGUGACAAUUACUUCCCAGCAGAUGAUGUAGAAAGAUUUGAGGCAUCUGACUUACCUAUUUCAGAACGUUAUAAGAAGCCUCCUGAACCUAAGUCUUUAGGAACUGUUAAUACAGAUGUAGAAAUCAAUAUUGAAAAUGUAUCUGAAGCUGCUAUAAAAAGCAAAUCAGAUCAAAAUGAUGACACCAAAGAACUUUCAUCAGCUAGCAAACACCAAUCUUCCAUUCCAAGCUUUGAAUUAUCUAGUGUUCCAACUGAUACACCAACGCCAGAUGAAGGAGUCAUCUUGCGUAAAAAGAUUACUUCAGAACAUGCGUCUGUCAAGGAUCCCAGUGAUCCCAGGGAAAUGAUUAAGAAAAGGAACAGUUUAGAAAUUAGGAAUAAUAUUCCUACUGUAGGUGAAGUUAAAAGUUAUGAUAAAGAUUUAGAAGAUCUGACCUAUAGUUCUCAAGGUGCCAAACCUAAAAUUCGAAAACAGUCACCAGGACUGGCUAGAAGGGUGUGUGAGACUCCAGAGAGAGAAGGAUCAAGUUCCGAGAGGGAAAUGGAGCAGACUCAAAUAAAAGAUGCACAAGAUUCAGAAGAACAGCAAGAAGCUCCAGGCAUGCAAAUUGAAUGCAGACGUGUUGAAAAUGGAAUAUCUCAAUUGUUAAGUCAACAGCGUAGACCAAUGGACAUCGAAAACGAAUAUGAUUAUGUGAAGUAUGCACGAGUUCAACAAGGUAAUUCUUAUGUAGGAAUGAGACUAGCUUAUUCUAGUUCUAAUGAUUCGCUAAAUAUUAAACGGAAUAGUAUGAACAGUCAAGAAACUGCUUCUUUAGAAAGUUCUCGUGAAACAUCCCCCGAGAAAAUUCUUCAAAAGAAAAUCUUACAAGACCUAGAUAAUAAGGCGUUUCAGGGUCAAGUGAAUGAGGACUCUUUAAUAGAAAUACCAUUAAAUGGUCUAGACAGUAAUAUGAGUGAGGACAAGAAAAGUUUUACUUUGUCCCCUGAAAAUACUGAAUGUGAUAGUGUUGAGGUGGAAAGUGUAAUGUCUGAUGGAGAGAGAGGCAUGCCUACUGUAGAAGAUGGUCUAUCUAGUAGUCAAGCCAGUGAUUAUGAAGACAAUGGUGAAAGGUCAGCAAUGAAACAGAAAAAUAAGUCAGAAAAUUCUCACCAGGGUGAAAAACCCAAAAAAAUUGAUGCUCAAGCUAUUAUGACAGAUUUAAAAGCUAAAAGAGAAGCUUUAGAUAGUGCUAUUGCUGAUAUUAAGUGUGCUAUUCAACAAAGUAAAGGUGUGGCAUUGCAGUCUUCAAAAUAUUCAACAGAACCUCAACCAGAAGAACCUAUUUGGGUUAUGAGGUAA